CUCUCUCUUCAGUGUGUUGCUGUUAUCCACUGCCUCCCUUCUCCUCCCCCUUCCCCUUUUUUCUCAGUGUUCCUCACCCACCCCUUUUUCUCUCCGUCUCCGUCAUCCCUACACCUCCAGUCUGCUUCUGUUGUCUCGGCGGAUUGUUGGGCUGUCGGAGAGAGAAGGGAUAUCGCGAGUAUUGGAGUUUUGGUGAGAGUUUGUGGAAGAUGGCGCCUGUUGUGACAGGGAAGUUUGGGGAGCGCCCUCAGCCACAGCGCCUGACAAGAGAAGCGAUGAGGAAUUACCUAAAGGAGCGAGGCGACCAAACUGUCAUGAUCCUGCACGCAAAAGUUGCACAGAAAUCCUACGGCAAUGAGAAAAGGUUCUUCUGCCCUCCUCCCUGCGUCUACCUGAUGGGCAGCGGCUGGAAGAAAAAGAAGGAGCAGAUGGAGAGAGACGGCUGCAAUGAGCACGAGUCGCAGCCGUGUGCCUUCAUUGGCAUCGGCAACAGCGACCAAGAAAUGCAACAGCUCAACCUAGAGGGAAAGAAUUAUUGCACAGCCAAAACCUUGUACAUAUCCGACUCCGACAAGAGAAAGCAUUUCAUGUUGUCCGUCAAGAUGUUCUACGGCAACAGUGCAGACAUCGGCGUCUUCCUCAGCAAGAGGAUCAAAGUCAUCUCCAAGCCCUCCAAAAAGAAGCAGUCCCUCAAAAACGCUGACCUGUGCAUCGCAUCAGGGACCAAGGUGGCGCUGUUCAACCGGCUGCGCUCCCAAACGGUCAGCACGCGCUACCUGCACGUGGAGGGGGGCAACUUCCACGCCAGUUCCCAGCAGUGGGGGGCUUUUUACAUCCACCUGUUGGACGACGAGGAGUCAGAAGGAGAGGAGUUCACUGUGAGAGACGGUUACAUCCACUACGGCCAGACGGUCAAGCUGGUGUGCUCGGUCACCGGCAUGGCGCUGCCCAGACUGAUCAUUCGAAAGGUCGACAAGCAGACGGCCCUGCUGGACGCCGAUGACCCAGUUUCCCAGUUGCACAAGUGUGCCUUCUACCUGAAGGACACGGAGCGCAUGUACCUGUGCCUUUCCCAAGAAAGGAUCAUCCAGUUUCAAGCCACUCCAUGCCCAAAGGAACCAAACAAGGAGAUGAUCAACGACGGCGCCUCCUGGACAAUCAUCAGCACGGACAAGGCAGAGUACACUUUCUACGAGGGCAUGGGCCCCGUCCACUCACCCGUCACCCCUGUGCCUGUGGUAGAGAGCUUACAGCUCAACGGCGGUGGGGAUGUUGCCAUGCUGGAGCUGACGGGGCAGAACUUCACACCAAAUCUGCGGGUUUGGUUCGGAGAUGUCGAGGCUGAAACCAUGUACAGGUGUGCGGAGAGCAUGCUGUGCGUGGUGCCCGACAUCUCGGCCUUCCGCGAGGGCUGGCGCUGGGUGCGGCAGCCCGUCCAGGUCCCCGUCACCCUGGUGAGGAACGACGGCAUCAUCUACUCCACCACACUGACCUUCACCUACACGCCCGAGCCCGGCCCGAGGCCGCACUGCAGCGCCGCUGGCGCCAUCCUGCGGGCCGGCAACGCCAGCCUGCACAGCAACAGCAGCCAGGAGGCCGCCGCCCCCGGCGUCUACGGCCCCAACAGCAACCCCGGCGCCGGGGUCACGUCCUCGUCCUCCGCCGCCGCCGUGGUGUCCUAACGCACACACACAGUAUGCCUUGAGAGCAAAACACACCUUGGGGUAUAUACAUGACAGACUAUAGGAAUUAAACCCAAACUUUGACUCAUCGUAAAGUGCUGCGUGUUUAGCUGGGAUACAAACGAAAAGGAGCAAAACUGAAGGAGUGACAUCACCGAGGUGUCAGCCAAUGGGAAUAAGCAGAAGAGCUCCGUCGCCUGCAGAUAACUGUAGGGACCUGCCUAUUUAAUCCUGGUGUUUGGAAUGAGUGACGUUCCUGCAGGCUCAGAGCACCAGCACUUUCCUUCAGCUGUGAGAAACGACAACAAUACAUCCACCCUGAACGCAACGCCGACCACGACCUGAACGGAUCGGUCCGUCGUCGGCCCGCCUGGAUUCACACUGUUCAACUCCCACGAGCCUCGGCUGGGCGUAUUGUUGUCGUCGCAGGAUGCAGAGGGACACACAAAAACGUGACGAUAACAUAGUUUUUAUGGACCAAGGAUCUUGUAUAAGCUUUAGUAAAGGUACAUUUUUCUCCAUACCUUUUUUUGUAUUAAACAUAUAGUACACUUUUGUUACCAAAUAGUUUCUAUUCCUUCUCUGAGCUUUUGGGCUUUGUUUCCCUCCCCUUCCGCCCCUGUUUGAGGUCCAAACUCCCAAACCUUUUAUGUUAAUGUGACCUUACAACAAAUGCCUGCUUCCCAGUCUUUGGAUUGUUUUUUUCUUUUAAUACUUCUUCUUUUGAGUUGGGGGAAAAAAAACUAAAUCUGAAGUCUGGAUUUGUUUAUUCACAUACGCGAAGGUUGCUUUUUAUUAUGUUUGUUUUUAUUGGGGGGGGGUACGACCUCAGAGGGGCCUAUAUUUUUUAUCCUCUUUGGUUUUUAUGAAGUCUUUAAAAAGAAAAAGCUUUAAGCAACGCCUUUUGCCUUGCCUGCAAUACUCUGCGUGCUCGCCGCGUCUCCUGGAACGCAAACGCUUCAGUACAUCUCACAUGGAGCCACAGCAACAUCUGCAGAAUAUGUGGAGAGAAAAAAAAAAAAAGGAAGAAAAAAAAAGACAUUCUUGGUUACAAAAACAAGUCAAACUCAUGUAAUAAGCGUUAGUAAGCCUUAGUACUGUAUAUUCUUACUGUGCACAGUCAGACCAGUCACAUAUCUAAUAUCUGUUGCUCACUGCACCCGGCGAGGCGUCUUCCAGCACGUGCUCUGCUUGCAUCCGGUAGUUUUCCAAAAAAGAAGAAGGAAAAGAAAGAAAAAAAGAACACAAAACAAUGGACACUUUUUCCAAUUUGAUGUGGCCUUACUGCAAAACGACGGGAAAAAAAGAAAAAAGAGUUCACCUUUUUCUUAUAUGCUGUUUACUCACCUUGGAAGAAGCUGUGCGUAGCACAAACUAAUGCCUCGCUGCUUAUCACAGGAGCUCUGCUGUCUCUGAGCUCAUCGCUGCGGCUUCACCCUCCCUGCAGAAGCAGCCUUCUUCUUCUCCUGAAGCCUUCCUAAUUCGUGUUUUUUUUUUCUUUGUUUUUUUUGUGGUGUACAAAUACAAAGAUCCCUACUC